CGCAGAAUAAUUUGCAAAAGAUUUCCAGACGUGAUUAACCGGAGAUUUUCCGGCCGGGGCUCAAAAGUUGGGCCAGAUUUUGGAGUCGGAGCCGGAGGAGAACAAUUCCUGAAGGAUUCUCGACCGCUUCAUCGUUUCGAUGAACUCUUAAAACCGCACAAAUCAUGGAUCCCCUGGUGUUCUUCAUAGUGCUAGCUUUGCUCUAUGGCGUUCUUUACUUCUUUGACCGGUUCUUCAAGAGCUGCAUGCACUACCCGUAUGAUGCCUUUCUUAAAAACACCGGGCUGAGUGUGAACUUCAUGAGCCUCCACUGGCAUACGAGCGCCUUCAACAGGACUCUUCUGAGGUGGGGAUCCGCCGGGAACAGCUGCACCCGCCGUGUUAUGGUCACCAGCUUCAAUGUGGGUGUCCUGGUCACCUUCUCGCUGCUCCCGAUUGGCCUUAUCCUGCUCAUCGCCACCAUCUUCAGUGGCGGCGAGCAAGAAACCUCCACGUCGGGAGUUGGAUCAUCGCCAGUGGCAGUGCCCGUCCAGCUAGAAAUUCUACUGCCGGGUGUCAACCUACCGCUGGAGGAGAUCGGCUACUACAUUACCACACUGGUGCUCUGUCUGGUGGUCCACGAGAUGGGACAUGCCCUAGCCGCCGUGCUGGAGGAUGUGCCCGUCACCGGGUUCGGGAUUAAGUUUAUUUACUGCCUGCCUUUGGCGUACACGGAGCUUUCCCAUGACCAUUUAAACGGCCUGCGUUGGUUCCGCAAGCUGCGUGUCCUGUGCGCCGGCAUCUGGCACAACUUCGUGUUUGCCGGCGUGUGCUACCUCCUAAUCUCAACGGUAGGCAUCACCAUGUCACCGCUAUACGCUUACAACCAGCACGUCGUUGUUACCGAACUGACCAGGAAAUCUCCGCUGCGGGGAGAACGAGGUCUGCAGGUGGACAACCUGGUGACUCAAGUGAACGGCUGUCCAGUAAACAGUGAGGAGAGCUGGGUGACCUGUCUGCAGAACUCACUGAAACUCAAACCGGGCUACUGUGUCAGCGCGGACUUUGUGCAGCUAAACGACGAGAGCAGUGCCAUCUCACACCACAGUAUUGAUGGUCAACUGCAGUGCUGCGAUGAACUGAAUCCGAACGUGAGUUGCUUCGAGGUGGUGGAGGAUGCCAACGGAGAUGUACCUGUGGAGCUGCCCCAACACGUGUGCCUCAAUGUGCGCCGAACCUUGGAGGAGGUAACCGAGCACUGUUCGUCGGGAGUUUGCAACGAGGGCUUCUGCCUGCGUCCGUUGAUCCGGAACAUUACUGCCAUUAUGACGUUCAAACGCCAGAACUCGCGCGGAGAAAAGCUGCCACCGGUGAUCUAUGUGGGUCAUCCAUGGGAUGUCACGCGAACGGUGGAGGUGUCGGCCUUUGUUCCGAGGUAUUCCUUCUUGAAGGCCGCCUGGCCGGAUGCCUGGCUUUUGCUGCUGAAGUACAAUGUGGUGUUUAGCAUCGGAUUGGCCUUGAUCAAUGCAAUUCCCUGCUUCGGCUUUGAUGGCGCCCACAUCACGAGCACUGUUAUACACAGCUUUUUGGUGGGCCGAGUGGAUCAGCAUGCCAAGCGGGAUCUCAUUUCGGUGAUAAUCACCAGCGUGGGCUCUCUGCUCUUCGGACUGGCGCUGUUAAAGGUGGCCUGGCUAAGCUUUCUGCGACCUCUUCUUUAGGAACUGAUGCUGAAAGAUGGAAUCUGGGAGUCCAACUCCCUCCAAAGACGCUAGACUGCUAUUUCACCUCCAUAAAGAACACAAAAAAAAAAAAAAAAACACAGCGAAUUGUUGCACCUCAAAGAUUCGAUAGCUUUUGUCAUAGUCCUUAGUCUUAACUCGUAUUUAUUUUCUUACGGUUGUCGAGCUCAAAAAUAAAAUCAAAUUAAGCUAAA